AUGAAAAUAUUUUUGUCAAUUGUUUUAUUAUUAAUUUCAUGUAUUAGCCAUCAAUUGGCUGACACAACACAAACAACUACACCAUUAAAUAAACCAAUAGUUGUCUGUUAUUGGGCCAGUUGGCGGCUCAGUUGGCUUAAACCGGAAUCAAUCGACCCGACCCUAUGCACGCACCUGCAUCACGCCUUUCACGUACUGGACGUCCAAAAUAAUGUUGUACGCGACUCAACGGGUAGUCCCCAACCGGAUAUCUAUAGGCGAUUGAAUCAAUUAAAACUAAUGAAUCCCGAUUUAAAACUAAUUGUAUCGCUGGGCGGCGCCGGACAACCAGAUCGGGAUUAUUCGGAACUAAUCAGUGAUAAGGAAAGGCGUUUGAAAUUUAUUAAUAAUACUAUUGAUUAUUUAAAUAAAUAUCAAUUUGAUGGUCUGGAUAUUGAUUGGGAAUAUCCAGUUUGUUGGUCAUAUGAUUGUAGUAAAGGUCCCGAAUCGGAUAGACCUAAUUUCGGUAUAUUUUUAAAGGAAUUGAGAUCAGCUUUUGACAAACAGUCUCCCCGACCACUAUCCCUAUCAGCUGCAGUAAUAGCUGGUCUACCGGGUGGUCCAGCUGAUCAUGCUUAUGAUUUUCCAUCAAUGGCCAGUGCAUUAGACUAUGUAAGCGUUAUGACCUAUGCCGGUGCUGGUGAAUGGGAUCAUAAGACUGGACAUCAUUCAAAGUUUACGUUUUGUUUGUCAGGGACCCAAUACUAUGUCGAUAAGGGUAUACCCAAACAUAAGUUGCUAAUGGGUGUACCCAUUUCGGGUACAACAUUCAAGUUGGCCGAUAAAACUAAACACGGUAUUGGAGCACCCAUUCAGGGUAUGGGUCAUACGCCCCAUGGACUGGGCGAUUGUUCAAUGUAUAGCGAAAUGUGUGAACUGGUCAAACAGGCUAACUGGACUAAGGAGACUAGCGCUCAGGGAGGUCACGAUCCGAUUGCUUAUAAGGACUUGAUAUGGGUUGGCUAUGAUGAUCCAUACGCUGCCUACGACAAAAGUAAAUGGGUUAAAGAUAAUGGUUUCGGUGGUAUUAUUGUUUGGGAGAUAACUAUGGAUGACUUCAAGCCUAGUUGUUGCUCAGUUAGGUAUCCAAUGUUACGGGCAAUCAAUUAUGGUUUAUAUGGUAGUAAAGGACUGGGAGGGGGAGGAGGAGGACCUGAAACCUAUGGAUGCGAACAUAAAUGA